GUAGAAUUUUGGAGAGGUGACCUUGUCCUCGCAUCUGGGGACGGAGGCUUUGCAAUCGUUGAGGCUAAAUGGGUUCCUAGGCCAGGGCGGAAGAAGCGCAAGAAACCAAAGAGCAGCAGAAGGAGGAGGUUUGCAAGCGCGCAACAGCAGGCAUUGCAUUACAUGUUAUUGUUUUCCAACCUGGCCCCGGAGUUUCAGCAGUUUGGCAUCCGCCUCCGCGCUACAGCCUUCACAUUUGACAAUGAACAUGGGCUUCAAAGCGUGCUGGAUUGUUCGCAAUUGGCUCCAUGUGAGAGGUGUUCGCGGGCUUCCCAAGGAUUCUUUCGAGGCUUUCCGGAGUGGGUUCCUGGUGAUCGCCAAUUUUAUUGCACGGCGUGCGGGGGAAGAAUGGCGGCCAAGGGCCUAGACACUACAGACCUGGCUACAUACUCCAGAGCAUUGGCACCACAACGUUGCUUUCCAGCCCAGCGUGCAGCCAUCACCAUGGCAGACAACAUUCUGAGUUCCAGCCCCAGUACUGUGCCCUGUUUACCGAAAAGCCCAGACGUACAUUAG